UAUCGCUUAGCUUGAUUGCGAAUAUUUGCUUUCACCAGUGGGCGUGUGGAGGAUUCCUUCGUUUGGAGGGUGUCUAGGACAGUUCCAUGCUUACCCUCUUUCCUUGGUUUGGGCCUGAGGAGGCAGUAAUAGGUAACGACUUCAUAGGGAGCAGCAAGUAUGAGCUAGGCUUUCGUUCAGCAAGCAUUGUUGAGCAUUUCUCAUGUGGUGGGCAGCGUGCUUCAGAAGAGCUGUCCAGAGAAUGCAGUGUUUCUGGCAGAUUCGUGUAUUGCCUUCCUCCAACUCGGGAAAUAGACAGACGGUUGGAAAAAAAACUGAAGAUCACACAAAAGGAGAGCAGGAAAUCCAAAUCUCCUCCCAGAGUGCCCAUUGUGAUUCAGGACGAUAGCCUUCCCACUGGGCCCCCUCCACAGAUCCGCAUCCUCAAGAGGCCCACCAGCAACGGUGUGGUGAGCAGCCCCAACUCUACCAGCAGGCCAGCCCUCCCGGUCAAGUCCCUAGCCCAGCGGGAGGCGGAGUACGCUGAGGCCCGGAAGCGAAUCCUGGGGAGCGCCAGCCCGGAGGAGGAGCAAGAGAAACCCAUCCUUGACAGGCCAACCAGGAUCUCCCAGCCAGAUGACAGCAGACAGCCCAAUAAUGUGAUCAGACAGCCCCUGGGUCCCGAUGGGUCACAAGGCUUCAAGCAGCGCAGAUAAAUGUGGGCAAGAAAGGAUGCCAUUGCUGCUGCUGCUGCUGCUGCCACCACUGCUGCCGUCGCCUCCUGGGUCGCCUGCCACGGGUCGCACUGCCGUGGCAGACAGCUGGACUUGAGCAGAGGGAACGACCUGAUUUACUUGCACUGUGAUCCCCCUUGCUCCGCCCACUGUGACCUUGAACCCCAUGCACUGUGACCUCUCCCUUAGCCCCCUUCCCACUGUGAUCGGCACGUCGACAAGGGCUGUCCCAAGUCCACGGAAAGGGAAAGGAUGAGAGUUAGGGGAGGGCUGCGGGGACUCACCAAGGACUCAGAGUAGAGUCAGACAGUGCCACUUGGGGUAAGCUGGUGCCAGCAAUAAGUUUAUCAUGCUCAUGAAUUCGGAAUUUCAAAACACAAAUGAGAACCUUCCCCCCCCCAAGUGCAUGUCUUCACUUAAAAAGCAAGUUCCAUUUGAAAAGACCCCCCCCUUUAUUUUUGUUUGUUUUUACAAAUAAUCUGAUUUGCAAGAAAAAGCGCAUGGGGGCGUUUUAGCAGUUUAAUGAAUUUUUAAUUGAGAAAGGGUAGUUUGAUAGUCUACUUAAAAAUGUUUCUGGGAAAUCCACUAGAAACAUUAACCAAUAGGAUUUUGGUGAGCUUAGCUUCUUCUGUGUUCCUACUGCCGCCCAGAAAAGGGGCAGGGCUCUGAAGCUCCCAGGACAGAUGAGUACCCCAUGCCUAUAUUUCCCUACCCCCCAGCUAAGGCCCAGGCCAUAACCUUGGCUCUGCCUAGAACCUGGGCCAGCUCUAGGCUCAGGGAGCCUGGGGAGGGUGCCAACCCCACCUCUAGUAUUUCAGGAGAUAGGGAAAGUGAACAGACUUCCCCUUCUCAUGCCCCUCAGGGUGGUUCCCUACCAGCCAGGCUUGCUACUUCUGGAGGAGAGCCCAGGAUUGGAGAGUGGCCUCUGCAUUCUUGGGCUUACAAGUAAGGGAUGCGAGACAUGUUCAGUAUUUGCUGUCCACUCAAGGGAAGUCAGGAGAGAGUCGGAGUCUGACUCCAGGUAUCCGAGUCUUCUGCCUAGUGUGGCCAAAAGACAGGCGGGUGGCUCUUCCUUGUCUAGCGAGGUGUGUGCUCUCCAGGGACUGUAGCGAGUGCUCCAUCUCUGUUGAUGGCACUGGCUCAACUAUACUUGGUGCAUUUCCUUUUUAACAUCAGGACACUGGGAGCUAGGCCCUUCUGUAUGAAGUCGGGGAAGGAGACACUAUGCAUUGCAAAGAUUGGUGAUGACGGACUGGCUCCCCAGGGGCCUCUUUCCAGAGCAAGAGUCUGGGAGGAAGGUAGCUUCCCUCUGUCUCUGGAUCCUGGAGAUUGGCUUUGCCCUUGAGGUGGCAGAGGACAGCCACCCAGAGCAGCUGGGUGUAUGGCUGGCUGGCCUCUUCUUUGCACUGCGCCUUAUCCCUUAGCCAGCCAGUCAGCCUCACUCGCAACCAGCAGGUAGGUUUGGGAUUGGUUGGUGUGACAUUUUGCAAUUAGGGCAGCUCAUGGUGGUGGCUAGCUGUAGUUGGCCCACUCCACCCUUGGAUUGCCUGGCUUAGCCUUGCCAGCAGGCAUGGUAGGCAGGCCCAGCUGGCCAGGUGCCACCACACUUCCCUGUAGAGGGCAGGGCUAGCCACUUGAGUUGAUGGCUAGCCCGUAGCACAGCCUUAAAGCUGUGUGAACCAGGAGAUGGUGAGCAGAGCUGGAACCGAGCUUCGGUCUGUGAGAGGUGCAGGUAGCUGCAUCAUGUUCUGAGGGGCACUGAGCUCCCCAGUAGGCAAGGGAGAAUGUUGGCUGCUAUCCUUAAAGUUCCACUGCCCUGACCAAGUUUCUGCAUUCUCAGAUGUAUGAUGUUGGCCGCCAUCAUGUACUAGUGGUCUCUGGCCUGAGGAGAGGCUGCCCUUCAGUGGCAGAGGUGGGUCAGGUGGGAGGACCAGAGGUGCUGAUUGCUCAGCCACUGGGACCACCUGGUCCUUGGCCUCACGGGGAGGACUUGCUGAGGGGUGUUUGCAAAUAGGCCAUGGCAAGGCCUGGUGCACUCACCUCCCACCAGCCAAAGAUGGGGCUCUGCCCACUGUGUGCCCAGCACACUCACCAGCAGCCAUGCCCUGGCUUCCCAGAUGGUGGGGCAGCAGGCAGGAAACCGAAAACAGGAUACUGUUGUGUUGGGGGGAGGUGGGAGGGGAGAUGGGAGAACGGUUUGGAUUUUGUUUUGUUUUGUUUUUGUAGUUGUCUGUAACUUUCCUGAAGUGCAUUUUUUUUUUUUUUGAGCUGCAGGCUUUGGCUUGGAAAAUCCCGAGGGUUGGGGGGCAGAAACCUGAGGCUGCUGCCCCUUUCUCUGCCUUCAUGGUACUGUCCCCUUGUUCCCUUUCCCCAGCUCCUCCCUGACCCAAUGAUCCAGGCCUCAGAUCUUCCAGCUAACCGCUUCCCAUGAGCCACUACUCUGAUGUCAGCCUAUAACCAAAGGAGCUGGGGGUCCCGGCUUGGUGACCAGCCCUUCUCAGCCCACUCAAUCAGGGUGCUCCCCACCUGCAGGCAGGAGGCAACACCCUAUCUGCUACCAUCAGACUCUUCCAGAGCCCACCUGCCCUGCCCUGUCCAGCCCAGCCAUACCCUGCUCUGCCCCAUCUGGGGGUGCUCUGCUCAGGGAUGGGCUGGCGGGCCUCCCUGGUAAGCAGAGACCUGAGAAACCUCGGGGGUCCUGUUUCCUGUCGUGUGGUCCCAGGAGUGCAUGUGAGCCCCUUGGGUGUCUGAGGCCAAGGGCAUGGAGGGGGGUGGGGGGGCUGCAGUCCUGCUCUGCUGGUGUAGUGGGCAGCUGCCUACCCACACCUCGGGCUCCUGAGUCGGCAGAUUAAGCAUUUUAUAAAUUGUAUUUUAAAUACAUGUUUUAAACUUGUCA